CCGAUUUCGACGCCCGCGCAGGUGUUGCUUUCCCGCACUGUUUCUCGCAUACCACCGCCGUGCACGGAUUGCCGGACCGAGCGAUAACGGCGGAGAAGAUCGCGAGCACGACUGGGCCGCUUUGUAUAUAAAUCCGUGCCGCUCCGCGUCUGACAGGUGUCGCCGUUCACGAAGAUUUCUCGCAUCUGACCGCCAGCCAUGUCGUUCAAGUCCAAGGCGGCCUCUCUCUGCCAGCGGUUCGUCCGUCCGGGCCUGAAGAACGCUCACCGGAGAGGCUUCUACUCGUACUGCAAUGAACCUUUCCAGCCGCUGAAGCGUGAUCCGAAGUGGGUGAAGGCCGAGGAAGCCGUCUCCGCGAUCAAGUCCGGCGAUACAGUGUUUAUCCAUGGAGCGGCAGCUACUCCACGAGGGCUCAUUCCUGCCAUGGUUGAGCAUGGAAAGAAGUCCGGUCUUAAGAACGUCACGGUAUGCCACAUCCACACUGAGGGUGCUGCAGAAUACAACCACCCAGACUGCCACGGCAUCUUUCGAAGCAUGUCGUUCUUCGUCGGGGCCAACUGCCGGGAGGCCAUUAAUGCUGGCCGGGCUGACUUCGUGCCCAUCUUUCUUAGCGAAAUCCCCCAAGUGUUCCACCGUGGCGUGCUUCCCGUUGAUGUUGCCAUGGUGCAAGUGACGCCACCGGACAUCCACGGCUACUGCAGCUUGGGCACUAGUGUCGACUGUGCGCGGGCAGCUCUCACCCAUGCCAAGUACAUAAUUGGGCAGGUGAACGAACACAUGCCGCGCACGUGGGGCGACGGAAACAUCCACAUCUCGCAUUUCGAUGCCCUCGUGAAGCACAAUGCCAAACUGCCCGAACAUAAGCCGGCCAAUCUGACCGACGUGGAGAAGCAGAUUGGCAAGAACAUUGCCGACAACCUGGUCGAAAAUGGCGCUACGCUGCAGCUCGGUAUCGGGUCAAUUCCGGAUGCUGUGUUGAGCUGCCUCAAGGGCCACAAGGACUUGGGAAUCCACUCGGAGAUGUUCAGUGACGGUGUGGUCGACCUUGUUGAAGAGGGUUGCAUCACAAACAACAAGAAGGUCAUCGAGAAGGGCAAGAUUGUGGGCAGCUUCUGCAUUGGCACCCAGAAGCUGUUCGAUUUCAUGAACUGCAACGCUGGGCUCGUGAUGCUGGACGUUUCCUACGUCAACAACCCCCAAAUCAUCUGCCAGAACCCGAAGGUCACUGCCAUCAACUCCUGCAUAGAAGUUGACAUCACUGGCCAGGUCGUGUCGGAUUCUAUUGGCACAAGGAUUUACUCAGGUUUCGGUGGGCAACUGGACUUCCUACGAGGAGCGGCCAUCUGCCAAGAUGGAAUGGGCAAGCCCAUUCUGGCCAUGCCUUCAGUGUCCGCCAAGGGGGUCAGCAAGAUCUGCACCUACAUCAAGCAGGGCGCGGGUGUCGUCACGACUCGCGGCCAUGUCCACUAUGUUGUCACUGAGCAAGGGAUCGCCUCACUCUUCGGCAAGAGCAUCCGCCAGCGUGCACACGCUCUCAUCAACAUAGCGCACCCUGACCACAGGGAAACACUGGAGAAGGAAGCCUUCGAAAGGCUUAAAUGCAUGCCAUCUCCGUAGAGCUCCUUGUUCACAUUUCGAUAGAGGCACCCGUACUUCCAUCAUUUUCUAAUGGCGUUAGCGUUGUUUCAAGAUUGUUCAGUUUGCAUCCAAUUUUUGCAGGCAGUGCUUGUGGGAUAUGUUUCAAAAAGGGACGUAUAUACGUUUUCUUUGGCACAUAAUGUAUUUAACUUGAUGACUCUGCAUGGUUAGAAAAAGCCCGUUAAGUGGGACUAAGAUUGACGAGUAGUUCAACAUGUCUAUCAUUGCAGGCUCUGCACCGCAUCUAAUGAGCAUUGCUAAGGGCAGUGAGCUUCGUCUAACGAUCGGGCUGCUCGAACACUGCCAUUUCCAGUUAAGAGAAGGCUAGAUGGAGCUGUUUCACAGCUUGGCUAGACAUCCAGUAGAGAUGGCCGCAAAAAUCUAUUGUUUUGCACAAUGUUGUUGCUAUCGAGUCGGCCAGAGUUUAGCGACAUUUUUAGCGACACUGCAUUUUACCAGUCUUCCAAGCCGCAAGAACUGUCUCCAUCAAGCAAGGAGGUUCGUGGUGCUUAUAAAGUUUCGAAGCACAGCAAGCCUUCUUCCCACCCUUUAUGUAUAGUUCAUGCCUCCUUUUUAAGUCCUGCAGUCAUCACAUGCCCGGUGCUGCUCUUUCUUGCAUCAAGUGUAAUGUAAACAUUGGGACGUAUUAGGAGCAAGACAGUGCCGUUCUGAACUCGGGAGAAAGCGCUUCAUACAGAACGCUUUUUUUUUAUUCGGAGAACAAGUCGUUGCUUCGUUCUUAGACCUGUGUAUAUGACGAGUCGCGGGAAAGUGAAGUAUAUUCUGUUAAUGAAUGAAAUAAAAACAGCAAUAUUUUCCAC